UGGCAGAGCAGCAAUAGUUUCCAAAGCAGCUGGAGCGAAAACUUUGUCCAUGAGCAAUUCCAAUUUUUCGUUGUUCAGCCAUGCGUGUAAUUUGUACGAGCUUUCCUGGAAUUCUUGAUUCAGUAAUUUAAUGGUGAGGAUCAAAGAAAGUAAUGUUGGGAGACAAAUGGAUUCAUAUUCAGAAUCAGAACCAAUUAUCCAAAGAACCGUAGCCAACGCCAGAGAACGAAACCGCACUUCAAGUGUAAACGUAGCGUUCUCUCUUCUAAGGACUCACAUACCAACAGAGCCGAAGGACAGGAAAUUAUCAAAGAUUGAGACUCUGCGAUUAGCAGUUUCGUAUAUCAAACAUUUGGCCAAUCUCAUCACGGCCAAUGCCGAAGGCUAUUACGGUGGUCAAGUAUGUCAACGAUAUAAUUGCAAGUAUCAGAACUGCACGGAUUAUUCGAGAUAUAAACAAAUAUGCACGUUUUGUUUGGCGGAAAGCAAGCAGGACUUCAAAAAUCAGUCUUCAUUCUGA